CCCUCAUGCACCUGAGUUAAUGGAAUCUUCCAGUAAAAAUAUGCCUUAAAUAGAUUAAUAAUUAUUUACCUCGCUAUAAUAAUGAACCGAGUGAAAUGUCUUUUAUUGUUUUCUCUUAUUCUUAAUGUAGUUGGACUAAUAUUUUUUGUGAUUGGAUUUUCUACGCAUUUUUGGUUGGAAUCAGACAAAAAUUACAGGACUUCCUCGGGAUUUGAAAGCCUUGGCUUAUGGGAAGCUUGCUUCAAAGAUUUUUCUCACAAGACAAGUUAUAAUGGGAAGCUCUACAAUGGUUGCUGGUGGAUGUUCUCGUACGAAUAUGAACCAAUCAGGGAGUGGCUGAAUCCACCGUGGUUGGUUGCCAUCCAGGUGAUGAUGACGAUUUCCCUCCUCCUGCAGUUAGUGGGAGGGAUCAUGGGCGUGCUAGUUUUCCUGGGUGUGUGUCCGGGAGCUGCCAAUUUUCUCGCACUCUUAUCUAUAGCAGUCAUGAUUCUUGUUUCAGGUGUCAUUUCAGCAGUUUGUUUAAUCUUGUUUGGUGUCAAAUCCGACCAGCCAGAAUUGGAAGCAAAAUGGAUUUAUUAUCCAGAAAAGAACUUUUUAUCCUGGUCCUUCGCCAUGGUGGCGGUAUCCGGAUUUUUGUCCCUGUUUGGUUCUAUGUGUGGCUUUGUCGCCGCCAUGACAGCGAGACUGGAAGACAAAUAUGGCGAACGCCCUUCGUAUGAUGGGCACAUGCUUCGGUCACAGCCAACUGUUUACUGAAUCCACAAAAGUAGCAUCUACAUAUAAAACAUGGGUCGUCAAGUUUUUAUACAUUAUACAUGUGUAUAUUUUUUCAGUUUAUGUUGUUGAAAGUUUUAUUUGUUUUAUAUAUUUUUUUAAUUUAAUCCUUGCGCAAAGGACAAACAUUUAUUUCGAUGCUGAUGCCGAUUCAUAUUUGCUCUAAACAUCAAGAACAACGAGUGAUUAUCAGAAUAAUUUUAUAUCCUUAAAUUUAAACUUAAUAAGAAAUUUUUAUGCAAGAAAAUCAGUAUGAAAAUGAUGUAUUUGAGUAACAAGGUUUUUUCAAUACAAUGAGUAAAAAUACGCCUUUAAAUUAAAACACAUAGGAUUUUAUGACUGUCGUUUUCCCUUUUUUUCAGGUACACGGACUGUAAGUAAUUUCAAAUAUCUCAUUAACUCCAUGUGCAGAUUCAUUGAAAAAAAUGCAUAAUUUACAUCCAUUACCAUAUUGCCAUUGUCAUGUCAUCUUUAUUAAAAUUUUAUAUUAUCAUUCAAUGAAUGUUUUAUUUUUAAUAAAAUAUAACGCAAACAA